GCUGCUGCCACCUCUGGUGAGUCCGCCCAUCGCGGCUGUGCCACUCGCCGCCCAGGCAGCAGGCCUCGGGCUCCCCGCCCCGCGCCUCGAACCAGCCGCCCUCUGGCGUCCGUCCCCUUCGCGGCCCUUUUCUUCUGGGGUUGUGUUUACGGGAGGAUCGGUCGUGACGGACACGUCCCGGUUCCCAGGCCUGUGCAAACGAACGUGAGUCCGGCAUGGCUGAGCAGCGCCUUCCGGUGGCCCGGCUUCGGGGCGUCUCUCGGGAGCAGUUCAUGGAGCAUCUCUACCCACAGAGAAAGCCUCUUGUGUUGGAAGGACUGGACUUGGGAUCUUGUACAAGCAAAUGGACAGUGGAUUACCUGAGCCAAGCUGGAGGGAUGAAAGAAGUGAAGGUUCACGUUGCUGCGGUCCCACAGAUGGACUUCAUUAGUAAGAACUUUGUGUAUAGAACAUUACCAUUUAACAAGCUGGUCCAGAGAGCAGCCGAAGAAACGCAUAAAGAAUUCUUUAUUUCAGAGGAUGAGAAAUACUACUUACGGUCACUUGGAGAAGACCCGAGGAAGGAUGUUGCAGAUAUCAGACAGCAGUUUCCAUCAUUAGGAAGAGAUAUUAAGUUUCCAAUAUUCUUCGAAGAGGAGCGGUUCUUUUCCAGUGUUUUUCGAAUUAGUUCACCUGGAUUGCAACUCUGGACUCACUAUGAUGUAAUGGAUAACUUUUUAAUACAAGUAACAGGAAAGAAGCGAGUUACACUGUUCAGUCCUCGAGAUGCACACUAUUUGUAUUUAUCAGGUUCUAAAUCAGAAGUGCUGAAUAUUGAUAGCCCAGACCUGGAUAAAUACCCACUCUUUCCUAAGGCGAGGAGGUAUGAGUGUUCCCUCGAGGCUGGUGAUGCUCUGUUCAUUCCUGCUUUAUGGUUCCAUAAUGUAAUUUCUGAAGAGUUUGGAGUGGGUGUGAAUGUCUUUUGGAAGCACCUCCCAUCAGAAUGCUAUGACAAAACAGAUACCUAUGGCAACAAAGACCCUGUGGCAGCAUCCAGAGCUGUGCAAAUCUUGGACAGAGCUUUGAGAACACUGGCUGAACUCCCCGAGGAAUACAGGGACUUCUAUGCACGCCAAAUGGUCUUACGCAUUCAAGACAAAGCCUACAGCAAGAACUUUGAGUAAAAAGAUGAACUAAAUGUAGUAACAAUUUCAAAUAAGUAAAAAUCAGCUUAAGUAGUUGAAAACUAUAACAAGACAAACAUUUAAAGAUGUUUUUAAAAAUAGGAUAAAUCAGUCUCAGAUUUAUUGUGUAAAAGGAGAUGCAUAUCUGAUUUCUCCUUGGUACAGAUUGAGAAUGCUUAGAACCAUUCUUUAGCUCUAAGAUGUAAAUAACUAAAAUUCUGACAAUAAAAGUAUGUAUUGAAUCACACUACA